CAAGCUUCCCGUGGCGCGUCGACGGCCAGCCAUACAGCAACUUUGAUGUUGCAUACACUGGCCAACGUGUCAGGAUCUCACCUGUGCAGUAAUGGCCUGCCUGAUACAGGAUCUGGACCGCCUACAGUCAGAGAAGCGAGUCAGCCACCUACCAGACCAUCCUGCGUACGGCAACUCCCCACGUUCCUACCAGGGCGGGCAUGGAUGCAGGAAUUCCAGGGAAAGGCCUCGCUUGAAAUACGCACUAGAACAGCGCGGACGAUCCGGAAAGACUGCAGAUGCCGCUGUUGACAGCUGCUGCUGCGUUUGGGACCUGCCAACGCUUCCCCAGUCUGACUGUCGACCGGGAGCAUCGAAAAACAAAACCAGGAUCAAGUUGAAGGACAUUGGGCUGGCGUCCCCAUCUUGUUGCUUCCUUCGCUUCACUUUGCAUCUUGACGACAUCACAACAGCACAUGCCUGAGGCUUCAAUUCGUCCAAGUUCGCACGUGGGCCUAUAUCGGUGAGACAACAGUCACCCAACAGAGUUUGGACACCCAGGUCCGUUCCGGAGAAGGUUGCCCGCCUCGCACAAGCUUAUAUACCAUACAUUAUAUAUGCAGUUAUUUGCUGGUUACGGACUGCAUACUCGGUGACCAUGACAGAUCCGAGCUUUGAAAGUGUCAGUGGCAAGUUUGUCUCCAAGCGAGGCCUGUCCUGUUUGUUCUUCCCGCCUCUUGGGAAGAAGGCGUAACUUCAGGUCGACAACCCCGCAUCUAGUCUUUGGUGGUCGCCUGUGCAAGGCGUUGUGAGCAUCGUCUGUACUAUGGUAUGAUUGGUAAUACUGGUAUCGAUCC